CCAAAAUAAUAACUUUAGUGAGAAACAUGAUGGUGUCAGAGAGAGAGGCAGCAGGUAUCCGCAGGUUUGUGUGUGGCCAGCUCCGGGAUGAGCCAGACCUCAGCACACUGACCUUAAGAAUUCUAAAAAAGCGAUAUCUGGCACACGUGGGAAGUGAAUCAUUAAGUGCAGAGGCCAAAAAUAUCAUGAAACGGGUCGUUGAAGAGGAGCUGAUAAAAAUGCAGGACAAUGAUGAAAAUAGUGAUUUGGAGACCAAGAAGCCCCAAAUCAAAAGGAAGCGAGAAAAGGAAAAUGAUGAGGCGAUAAGUGGGGGAGAAGACGAAGGUGAUGAAUCCAGAGCAAAGAAAUCCCGCCGUCAUCAAUCAGGCUCAUCAUCAGAAUCCGAGGAGGAAGAAGUCUGCAAAACAGGAAGUGAGAAGAGUGAUGAUGAUGAUGAUGAAGAGCAAGUUAAAUCUGAAUCGGAUGAUGCUUGUAAAGAGGCGAACAAAUCAGAGCAAAAGACGAAUGGAAAGAAUAAACAGCAGAUAAACAGUGAAGACUCGUCAGAUGAGGAAAUGAAUAAGUCAGAAAAAGAAAAAGAAGAGAGCGAUAGCAGCGGUGAUGACAGUCCAAACGAAAUCAGGAUAAAGAAAACAAAGGCGACAAAGAAUGGAGAGACAAAAAAAGAGAAAUCACCAAAGAGCAGUGAAGAGAGUGAAAGCGACGCAGAUAAGUCAGAAAAGAGUGAUAAAAUCAACGGCAACUCCUCAGAUGAUGGUGAAAAAGAAGAAAAGGUGGAAAAGAAAAAUGACGACUCAGAUUCUGAUUCAUCGUCGCUCCCCUCUUUGGAUGAUGAAAAGGAUAGUGAGAGAAAAAAAUCACCAGAUGACAAGAAGAAGAAAAAUGUACAAAAAAAAGAGGGGAAAAAAGAAAAGAAAGAGAAGAGCAGCAAAGGUCAAAAGGACGACAACAAAGCCGUUGUGAGGCUGAAGCGCUACAUUUCUCUCUGUGGUGUUCGGCUGAAAUACAAGGAGCUCCUCGCUGACUGUCGCUCCGUUCGCUCCCAGGUGGCUUGUCUGAAGAAGAAGCUGGAAGAUCUCGGUGUGGAAGGUCAGCCAUCUAUUAAGAAAUGCAAAAAAGUCAAAUUACAGAGAGAGGAGACUCAGGAACUCGCUGAUCUUGAUGUCAGCAACAUCAUUGCUACAAAAGGUCGACCUACACGCAGAGCAGCACGGCAGGAACAACUCGACCCUCCGUCUUCUGCAUACAUUCGCUCUCUGAACUCCGGCUCAGAUAGCGAUGAAGACAACAAAAAUGGAGGACGCAGGAAAGCAAGAGACUGGGCCAACCUGCAGGGGAUCAUCAGUGACGAUGCAGACAGCAACUGACAGAAGCUCAGAGGCCAACUGGAAAUGGACAUUCCUUUUUAUCCAUUUACAAGUUGUGUUUAUGAAUUAAUUUUGAUACUAUAUAAAGCAUUACUUAAUAAAAGGAUAAUUCAUGUAAGGUCGAAUUUAUUGCGAUGUAAAAUGUACAUAUGUUAUAUUUCAAAUAAAAAGAUGAAAAGUAUGAAAAUUGUGAAAUUUUGUACUUGAAUGGGUGAUGUGUGAAGUAGUUAUUGCUGUAGGCUAUUUUAUAUUUUUCUAUUCUUGAAAUGUUUUUUCUUUAUUGUUUUACUAUUUAUUCUGUUUGUUCCACU